CUUCGUUGGGUUCCUCGAGUCUCUACACGUGCUGCUCAGAAGACGCCAGUCGACGCUGAGCAGCAGAUAUGGGAGCUAUUCCUCCGUCUCGCACUCUGGGUCCGCGACGCCGGCGUCCGGCACCCUUCUCUUAUCGUCAACUUUGAUCAGACGCAGGUAGUCAUCGCUGACAACAAUGCACACACAUUUGCCGAGGAGGGUUCGAAGCAGGUUGGCGUGAACGGAAAGGAAGAGAAACGAGCGUUCACAUCGGUCGUCGGCAUCUCAGCAUCCGGCGAUGUCCUUCCCUCCCAGCUCAUCUUCAAAGGCGGCUCAGACCGGUCUCUUCCCUCCCCGAGCGCCCCCGCCCGAGACGAAGCUUCGCGCCUUGGGUUCCUCUACAGCUGGAACCCCAACAAUUACUGGUCGAGCCUUUCCCUCAUGGAGACGUACAUGGAGACCAUCAUUGUGCCAUACUUUAUGCAUCAGAAGCAGCUGCUGGGCUAUGCGGAGGAUCAGGAAUGUGUGGCCAUCCUCGACUGCUGGUCCGUACAUCGCAGCAAGGAGUUUCGUCACAUUGUACGUCGAAGGUGGCCCUGGUUGCGACUGCGAUAUAUUCCCGGCGGUACUACUGGUCUC